AUGAGGCUUGGAGCGAGCCAACCAUCCAUUGUUGUCAUGGCCAUCGCCUUCGACUCCCCCACCUCCUCCCCCGCCAAUGUACCCUUCCACGAUAAUGCCUUCCUUCGCUUCGACGGCUUGGCCACCAACGUCCACGUCUCCGGGGACAGCUUCCCUACCUUCCCAGACCCCUACGCUUUCUGCUUCGACACGCCCUCCCCCUUCAGCAUGCCUGAGGCCAACAGAGGCCUCCACGAUGACCCCUUCGGUGCGCCACUCACCAAUGCUGACUCUGGGUCUGUCCUCCCAUCGCUCAUUGAGAUAGGGCGCGAGGAGGGAGUCCUGCUCCGUGAGUGGCACUGUGAGAUUUCCUGGCAAAUAAAGCUGUGCCAUGGAUGCAGUGGCAACACAAUGCAAGGGCUUUCUGGUUUGGUCGCCAUGGAAACCUACAGCCUGGUGAAGGACGAGCCGAACGGCAUCGGAGGAGGACAGGGAGUACUGUCCUGCGUGGCUGCGCCGAGGGCCGCACCGUUGGCAACGACAGGCGACGGGCACGGCGUGAAGAGAGUGAAGAGGAGGAAGAGGGAACCGUCGGCGGCAGCAGUGACGGUGAGCGGCGGCGCCAAGGAGGAGGCCGCCGGCGGCGACAAGUCGGCGAGUAGCAAUGCGGCGAAGAGGAGCUCGAGGUUCAGGGGUGUAAGCAGGCAUCGUUGGACGGGCAGGUUCGAGGCGCACCUGUGGGACAAAGGGACCUGGAACCCUACGCAGAAGAAGAAAGGAAAGCAAGUUUAUCUCGGGGCGUACAACGAGGAAGAUGCAGCAGCGAGAGCUUAUGAUCUGGCAGCGCUCAAGUACUGGGGACCUAGCACCUCCACCAACUUUCCGGUUGUCGACUACGAGGAAGAGCUGAAAGUGAUGCAGAACGUGUCUAAGGAGGAGUACCUAGCCUCCAUAAGAAGGAAGAGCAACGGCUUCUCUCGCGGAGUUUCCAAGUACAGAGGUGUUGCACGGCACCACCACAACGGCAGAUGGGAGGCGAGGAUCGGCAGGGUGUUCGGCAACAAGUACCUGUACCUGGGCACGUACAGCACGCAGGAGGAAGCGGCGCGGGCGUACGACAUCGCCGCCAUCGAGUACCGCGGCAUCAACGCCGUCACCAACUUCGAACUCAGCACCUACAUCCGCUGGCUCAAGCCUGCCGAGGACGGCAGCGGCACCCCCACGUCCGGCGGUGUCACCAGGCCCACCAUCAUGCCGUCGCCGUCGCUGUGCCUCCAGGCCGGCAGCUUCCUCCACCCCCCGCACGGCGCCGGCAUGCUGCAGGCCGACGUCGACCUCUACCGAGGCCACCUCGCGGCGGCGCAGGGCGCUUCCCUCGCGAGCCUCGACGACGUGUGCGGGAGACCGUCGCCGUCGUCGUCGACCACGGCGCUCAGCCUGCUGCUGCGGUCGUCGGUGUUUCAGGAGCUCGUCGCCCGGAACGCCGGCGCCGCACAGCAGCAGCCCGCCGACGACCAGACGACGGCGUCGGACGGUGGUGCCGAAGACGCCGAAGCCAAGGCCGCGCGCGAAGAGCUGGUGGCGGAGGGCGAGGUCGGGGAGAUGCUGUACGGCGCGGGGGAGGAGGCGUUCGCGUGCUCCAUGUACGAACUCGAUGACAGCUUCGCGCACAUCGAGCAGUCGUUACGGAACUGCUUGUGA